AUGCUGCGCGGGCAAAUACUACUGUGCGGCGCGUUGUCACUGUUGCGCGCCAAGCCCAGCCUGGUGAAGGGGAAAAGUUGCUCGACAUGCAAGCCUGCGACAUUUGGCCGCCGUGGGCCCGCCCGACGGGUUGGCGUCUUCUGGCUCGCCAUGCUGCCGACGGGGGAGCAGCAGCAGCAGACCAGACGGCAUCAAGACAACUGCUAUUACUGCUGCUGGCGGCCCUGGGCUCGUGCAGACGUCGCCCAGCGGUGCAGCGCAGCCAGAAACACAACAAUGCCCUGCAGCAUGGCUGCACAGGCGCCUGCAGAUCCACCAUGGGCGAUCCGUAACUAUGGCGGACAGGGUAUUUGCAGCCCCACCCUGACCAGAUCGGAAAUCGGAUACUUCGCAUGCACAUGGUCGCUGACACUGCCAGCCCACCGCCCACACAUGUCUGCUACUCGUCAGCACGCCCUCGCCCUCGUCCGGCCUGCAGCAGCCACACCCACUGCUCAGGCACCCACCAUUGUUUUGCCCUCUAGUUUCAACACCCUGGACUGA